UUAGUGUGCUUUGAGGUUGUACCGAAUCUACAGUCGUACUUGCAGGAACGAAGAAUGGAAAAUUUUGAUGUCUUCCGUUUCUGCAUGUGCAGAAAUACUGAUGUUGAUAAGAUUGAAAAUGUUGAAACUAAAUCGACAUAUGAAGAAACAAAAGACAAGGGGAAAGAUUUGACAAAAGACAAAAACAGGAGUGCAACAAUUACAAAUUCUGACGUGAAAGUUCGUUUCGCCGAUAGUGAAGAUGGACAAAGCAGCCUGGAUUCGAAUAGCACGGAAAACGAAAAAUCCGAUAAAGAGAAGGUUUGUUCAAAAGAUGUACAAAAAUCGAAUAUCACGAGGCCUAAAGCAGUCAGUUUCGAGGACACCCUUCACCACGAAGUAUCGACACUCCUUGCAAAUGGAUAUGGAAAUAAUGAAAAGAAAAAGAAGUCCAAGGAUCCAGAAUUUGAGGCUUUGCAUACUGUCGUACGAAACAAACGAAUAUAUUUACGUAAGCAACACGCAAAGCUGAAAAUAGACUUGAACAGUUUACAGACGAUGAGAGAAAUAUUAGAUUCCUCGAAAUGUGCCAAUAGCGCCAAUUUACCAGAUGUCGUGUCUACGGAAGGGAAUUACUCUGAAAACGAUUUUUUGGGAACUUUCCGGCAAAUAUUCAACGGAGCUAUUAAUGACAUUUCUGCACCAUCAACAGAAUUGCAAGAACUAACAGUUAAAUACACUAAGUUGUUGUCACAAUCGGCCAGUGGCAAAGAUAUAUCUGACGAAGACGAUCCGUCUCAAGUGGAAGGCGAAAGUGAAAGAUUAGUGCACGACAGCCAGCGUAUAAUAGAAAUGCUGAAGAAAGGCAUGGAAAUAGCAACAAUACAACAUAAGUUAAAAGCUGCGCUUGUGAGCCAGAGUGCAUCGCACAAAGAAGACAUGAGCAUCCUGGAAUCUGUGUUAUUGCAGAUGCAGAGAUUCAAACUUAACCAAGGACUUACGUUUGAAGACAGUCAAUCACAAUUUUCAUCUCAUAAAGACGGUACUGCAUGUACAUCAAUUCGUGACAUUUUUAGAGAAUUGUUCGACUCUGGUAAACUUUUGAAAUUAGAAAAGAAAUGCAAACUGAAACUUGCAGAACUUCACAUAGAAGCCCUCAAAAAUAAGUAUCGCGAAGAUGAAGUUCGAAAUCAACUUAAAAAAGCAAUCGAACACCGAUCGGAAGAAGAAUUGAUUGCUGCUAUAAAUGAGUCAAAAGAAGUAGGGAUAUCAACUAGUAACGAAUUACAAAUACAAGCCGGAAAUUUACUGAGCGAAUUGACAGAUGAAGUAAGAAAAUGCGAAAAUGCCAUUACAAACGCUAUAGAACAUUCGUCCAUCAAAGAUCUCCAAAAGGCACUAAAGAAGGCAGAAAACUUGAAAAUGAAAAACUCGGCAUCGCUAAUCGAACGAGCUAAGUUAGCUUUGGGAAAAUUAGAAGAAAGGGAAGACAAAAUAAAAGAACUUGUAUCGCAAUUAAAGCAAGCAAUGAAGAAGAAAAACGCCGAAGAAAUUCAAAAAACGUUGGUAAACAUCAAAAGCAUGAAGGUCACUACUGGAAUGAAGAUAAUUGAAGAAGCGACAAAUUUGUUAAUUUACUUACGCAAGUACGAUCAGGAAUUGAAAACGGGCGCCGAAGAAACAACUCGCAUCCGUUUGAUAAGUUUGCUGGAAAGCGACAAUACCCAAGACCUUGCAGAUGUGCUACUGCGAGCAAGAAUGGUAGGGUUGAAUAAUUGUGUCGAAGUUAUAGGAGCGAGGACAAAACUUGCUCAACUUCAAGGUGACAGAGACCAGUACUCAACAGAGUUGAAAAAAAUUGAGGAAUAUGUGGAAAAACUUAUUAAUCGAGCCAGUGAUAACUCAGCCACUGUUGACCUAAUAACAACCAUGGAGCGAGCCAUCGUUGUUGCUGAAAAUCUCGAAGUAUCGUCCGAAAUAAAGCAACGUGCGAGAGGUGCGUUACACAUACUUAAUUCGCGAAAGGCCAAAGUAAAAAGUAUAAAGGAUGAGCUUCAACGUGCAGUGAUGGAAUGCAGACAAGAAGCUAUUACAUGCGCCAUAAAAGAAGCAGAAUCAAUUCCAUAUUUUUUGUCAUUUGAUCCGCUAGAUGGCCAGAUAUCAGCAAUUUUAGAAUACGCUAAAAACAAGAUAGCCUCUCACGAUGCUCCGUCGAUGAAAAAUGAGACGAAUUCGGCUGUUCGUCGUGUCAAAUCCAAUCUGAAACGAGCAAUGAGAGGAAAUAAUUCCGAUAAGUUGCAAUCCGCGAUAUCGUUAUAUAGAAAAACUGUUCCAACGCAAAAACAUGCUAAUAACGAUAAGCAGACGAACAGUCCAUAUUCGGAAAACGAUAAUGAUGUCAUUAUUCGAAGAGCGGAAAGAAAAUAUAAACGGAUGAAGAAACAGGAAGAAUUGGCGGAAAAAGAGUGGAUAAAUGUUCGCAAUAAAAUGCGAGAAAACCUGAAAUCUGCUAUGCGCGGCACAGACAGGGCUGAACUCUGGAAAGCAGUUUAUCAAUUCAAGCGGGAGCUUGGAUCGUCGUUGGAUAAACAAGAUGAAACCUUACUGCUUAGCGCAAGAAAGCAACUGCGCGAAGUUACAAUAAAACAGUUUAAAACCAACCUUAACAGUGCUUUACAGGACCGUAAUUCUACUCGUUUGCAACACUCGUUGAUUGAACUUGACAGUCCAUCUCUUACUAUGUUUCCAAUGAAUAUGGACAAAACAUUUAAAGAUGAUAUAUCGAAAGCGAGAAAGCUUUUAGAUCAUUUGAAAGAAAUGGAAAAACUAAGAAAAUCGGUAUCGGACAUGAGUCGAUCACAACUUGCAGAAAUUCACAGAUAUCCGAAUCCACCUGAAUGCGUUCGAGCCGUUAUGACCGCUACUUAUGUCUUACUUGGGGAAAAAGAGAAGGAUUUGAAGGAAUGGAAUGAUGUUCUGCGUCUCAUGGUAAAGAUGGGGAGAGAGUCACUCACGAGAAGAGUAGCAAUUUGCAGUUCAACGCAUGUGCCCACUGCAACCGCUCUUCGAGUUGAAGAACUUUUAUCUCGUUUUACACUCACUCAAGUACAAGACAUCAACAAGGGUGCCGCGAAUUUUUACGCAUGGGCAAAAUGCAUGACAAAAGAAAUUCUUGAAAGGCAUAAAGAUGACCCCCCAAAACAAAUAGUUCCAAAACAGGCGCGUGUUCCUGAGAAACCUAAAGAACCGGUUACGAGUGAUUUUUGGAUAAGACUAUCAAGGCCAAGGUCAUCAGUUCCUACUAGAUCUGUGCGAUCUGCAAGAGUAAAUCCACGACCAACCAGUGCAUUGCGAUGAUCAGAAAUUAACAACUUAUCCAGAAAGCUAGACAUUCCUAUCGUUGGGCACAAGUGUUUUGAGCACGUUGACAGUGCCACGAAUAUUUUCUAUGGAAAGCAAGAACGGGAUGUCUAGUUGAAUGCACCAGAGCACUUUUCAAAAUGAGAUA